UUCAGUCUUGUCCUAUGAUCCUAUCUCUGCAGCAGUUUCUCCUCCACUUCCUGAACACAUCAGCCGCUCCACGGUGUGUUUUCAUCCCGGUUGUCCCCGAGCUUUUUCCCUAACCUUACCUCCGGUCUAAUAUCCGUCUCAGAGCCCGGCUGCCUCCCGCUUGAAUCAAACUACAAACCGGAGUUUUGUGCUCCGGUUCGGUCUGAAGCCUGAGCCGUAGGUGGAGCUAGCUUAGCUUAACUGGAAGGUUAGCGGAGCGUUAGCCGCGAGCAGGCAGCGGGGCGAACGCUCGGUCCGGGCGGGCGUGCAGAGGGAGCGCGAGCGCGCAGCAUGGCCGUUGGGAACCACAGCCAGGCGGUGGAGGAAAAGGCAGCGAGCCGGAGUCAGAGUGAAGUGAACCGGAAGCUGAAGUACAUCAGCCUGGCGGUGCUCGUGGUCCAGAAUGCAUCGCUCAUCCUCAGCAUCCGAUACGUCCGCACGUUGCCGGGCGACCGCUUCUUCACGACGUCAGCCGUGGUCAUGGCGGAGGUCCUGAAGGUCCUGACGUGUCUGCUCAUCAUCCUGCUGCAGAAGAGACUCAACGUGAAGCAGACGGUGCUGUUCCUGGUGGACUCCAUAGUGUUCCAGUAUAAAGACACUCUGAAACUUGCCGUUCCUUCUCUCAUCUACACGCUGCAGAACAACCUGCAGUACAUCGCCAUCUCCAACCUGCCGGCCGCCACCUUCCAGGUGACGUACCAGCUGAAGAUCCUGACCACGGCUCUGUUCAGCGUGCUGAUGCUGAGGAAGUCUCUGUCCAGAGUUCAGUGGGUUUCUCUGGUGCUGCUGUUUGCCGGAGUCGCCAUCGUACAGGUGGAGCAGGAGGGGAAGAAGGAGGCCUCGGUGUCGGGCUCCUCCAACCAGAACUACACCGUGGGCCUGGUUGCCGUGGUGAUCAGCUGCCUGUCGUCGGGCUUCGCCGGCGUGUACUUCGAGAAGAUCCUGAAGGGCAGCUCGGCGUCCGUCUGGGUGAGGAACGUGCAGCUCGGCGUGUUCGGCACCGCGCUCGGCAUGCUGGGACUGUGGUGGAACGACGGCGCGGCCAUCGCCGAGCGCGGCUUCCUGUUCGGCUACACGGGCGCGGUGUGGUGCGUGAUCUUUAACCAGGCGUUCGGCGGGCUGCUGGUCGCCGUGGUGGUGAAGUACGCCGACAACAUCCUGAAGGGCUUCGCCACCUCCUUCUCCAUCAUCGUCUCCACGGUGACGUCCGUGUACCUGUUCGGCUUCCACGUGGACCUGCUGUUCACCGCCGGCGCCGGGCUGGUCAUCGGCGCCGUCUACAUGUACAGCCUGCCCAAAACCACCGGCGGCGGCGCCGCGGCGGCACUGAACGCCAAGGCCGGCGGCGUGGCGGCUUCCUUGGCGUCUUUGCGGAAGGACGUCGGCACCGAGAUGGAAGCCUUCCUGCCAAAAGCGAAGGAAGGCGUAGCGUCUCUCCCGCUCGCCGUCCGCAUGCCAGACUAACCGCUCAAAGCCCAACGGGACGAGGAGGAGGAGGGAG